UUUUUUUUAUGAAGAAAAAUAUUCUUUUAAUUAUUUUAUUUUUAAUAUUCCAACUUUGCCAAGUUUUAAAAGCUUAUAAAAUUCUGGUUUAUAGUCAGACUUUAACUCGUAGUCAUGUUAUCUUGAAUGCAAAAGUUGCGGAAGCAUUAGCUAGUGAUGGACAUAAUGUGACAAUACUUGAAGUAGAAUAUAUGGAGCCUUUAGCUGAAUUUGAUGGAUCUUCAGCAAAAGGAGUUAAAAAAAUUUCUGUAAGAACUGAUGUAAACAAAGCUAAGGAAACUAUACAAGGGCGUUUAACAGAAAUUUAUUUUAAAGAAGCUACAGCCUGGUCUCUUAUUACAGGCUAUAAAAAUGAUGAGGAUUUUCAAAAUACUAUCAAUGAAGUUUGCGAACACUUUCUGGACACUCAAACCGAAUUAAUAGAACAACUUAAAAAUGAAAAAUUUGAUCUAUUUAUUGGAGAACAAAUUAAUUUUUGUGGGUCAGCAUUGAGUUAUUUGUUUGGAAUUCCAAUCCAUAUACUUUUAGUUAGUUGUCCAAUCCAAGAACACGUUUCUUCACUUGUUGGAAUGCCUUUCCCAGCUAGUUAUGUUCCUUCAAUUUAUGGUGUUCCUAUGAGCGACAAAAUGUCUAUAAACCAAAGAUUUAGUAAUUUAGUAGCUACAUUUGUGCAUGAAAGGGCUUUUUAUUAUGGAAUUGAGGAAUUGAAUGAUUUAUUUAGGCGAAGAUUUGGGUUAGUUUUUAAAAUUGUUUAA